AUGAACUUUCCAGAUGAAGGGCCGGAGUUUCUGACCGAUGAUACCCUCCAUGAAGCUUACGAGUUGGAGAUUCAAUCGGAGAAGGGUAAAAAAGUUCGAUUUGGGGAACUGGUGGCAGGAAAAGGCGAUUCAAUAACUACUAUUGUCAUCUUUAGUGAGCGGCAUCCCUCCUCAUCGCACGAUUAUAUCAACUGGCCAGCUGACACAUUCCCAGUACGUCACUUCUUUUGCGUCUACGACCAAGACUACGUCCGAACCCUGUCGAAACAAAUGACCAACAAAUUACUGGACACUGUGCCCGAGUGCGCCAGACCAGCGCAAGUCAUCAUCCUCGGCUGUGGAGAUCACACCCUUAUCGUGCCCUAUAUGGAAGAAACGUCAAGCGAGUUCCCAAUCUACACCGAUCCAACUGGGGGAAUAUACGAAAAACUCCAGAUGAAGAGAACCGGUGGAUUCACUGAACCACCUCCGUACUCGGACUUCACAUUUUCCACUGGGUUGGCGCAAACAAUGAAACAAAUAUGGAAACGGGGAUGGGCGGGUCUGCGAGGUGGAAAUUGGAACCAACAAGGCGGCGAGUGGAUCUUUCAGCGUGGAAGACUACGAUAUGCACACCGUAUGGAGGGAUCGCAUGAUCAUCUUACGGCUGACCGAUUGCUGGAGAUCUUGAAUGUUGCCCAUGGGAAAGCUGAUGAUUUACCCUCGACUAGAGUGGAAGGGCAGAGUCCGCAGGGUGAACAGAUUCAAGGGGUAAAUUCGGAAAAUUCCGAGAGCGGAGCACGAAGCCCAGAGUACAUUUACUUCAGUCCUUCGCAUCUUGCGACACGUUGA